AUGGCUGGAAUAUCAAACGAUACAAAUAUUUUUAUUCAAGAAACAUCAACAACAAAAAAAGAUCGACGAUAUUUUCUGUUACUUGUCUCGCCUUUAGCCUGGUUCAAAUGUUGUGCGUUAAUCUUCUGUCGAACUCGAGCACGUACACGUUCAAAUGCUCUUCUUCAAUAUUCAAUUUUUCUACUGGUACUUCUUCUCAUGAUAUCCUCAUGCUACCUCUUCUAUGCAGUGACAGCUGAUGCUGGUCAAUAUAAUCUCUAUCUGUCUAACGUUGCUUCAAAUAAAUCAUCGAUCAUUGAUUGUAGACGUCAAUUCGAUGAUCUUAUUUGGCGUACUGUAAUUAAGACAUUUUUUCUUGGUCUGAUUUUCGGUCUCAUUCAAGCAUGUAAUGUUUUCCUAGCUGCUCAAUGGCGUCAACGAUUAUGUGAUCGUUUUCGAGAGUUAUUAUUUAGAUCACCUAAUGGAUGUGUAUUGUAUGCAACAUCACAGAUAGACGAGGAUAUCCCUAAAUCAAAAAUAAAGGGUUGUCUUCAUGGAUAUAUGCAACGUAUUCAAACAAAUGCCGACUGUAUUAUCCUCUACGCUAGUCAACGAGUGGAACUUGAAUAUAUCGAACGAUUCAUCUUAAACAUGCGUAAUUCCAUGUUGAUUGGAUCUAUUAGUUUUGCAUUGAUUAAUUUUCCCAUACAGUUGUUAAGUGCACUAAAUGGAAUGUGUACAUAUAUUAUGCCUGCUGUGGUGUUCUUCUUCAUUCGACAAACACAAAGUCCGGAACUAGCACAAACAUACUUGACUGUCAUUCCACUUUAUUCCUUCUUAACCACUGUUCUCAGUCAGUUCUUACUGAUUAUGGAACCAGCGUUGGUGACCAUCACGAUGGGUGACCAUUUAUGGAUGAUGAUUAAUCAUUUGGAAAAAUUGGCCAAGUAUCAUCAGAAGCGCAUUGCAUAUGAACGAGAGAGUGGCAUCAGGCAACACAACAGAGAUAUGCUUGUUAUUCAUCAUUUGGAUAUCUCCGUAUUGCAUGCUGUAAAUGCUCCAUUAUUACAGAGUGAUGUGAACUUGGAGGCUGCACGUGGUCAAUGUAUUCUCAUUUCUGGGCCAAGUGGAUGCGGAAAAACAUCGCUAUUCCGUAUUUGCGCAGGACUUUGGCCAGCCAAUGCGAAACAGCUGAUAUUGCCAGAACGGUCGCAUCUCAUCUUCAUUCCGCAACGACCUUAUCUACCUCGCGGUAGUUUACGUUUUCAAGUUCUUCUUCUACUAAAAGAACACAAUCAUAUCAUUGAUCAAGAUAUCUAUCAACUGUUUCAAGUAGUAAAUCUACUAUAUUUACUCCAAAGAUAUACACUUGAUACAAUUGUUGACUGGCCUACAGUUUUAUCAGUUGGUGAACAACAACGCUUAUCUUUCAUUCGCUUACUAGCAUUCUUUACUUUGACACCGAACAACGACCAACUCAUACGAAAGACUCUGGUUCUAUUCGAUGAAGCUACAAGCGCUAUCGAUGUAACGACGGAGCAUGAGAUUUAUGCACGUCUGAUUCAAUUGCGUGUGUGGUUUGUGACGAUCUCUCAUCGAUCAUCACUUGUUCAUUUACAUGCAAAAUCAUUACAUUUCUUCUCCAAUAAAGAUCGACAACAAUCAAUAGAACAAACACAAACUGAAUGCCAAGUGUUGACACUUAAUGAUGGUGAUGAUGAAAAGAAAUUAGAAGAAAACGAAAAUAAUGAGAUUGAAGCAAUAGACAUCAAAUAUUGUCAAAUCGACAGUGAAUCACGAAAAAAUGAUGAUAUGUCAAAUGUGAACGAGAAAGAUAUUUCUAAAUGGCGACUGAUAUUGAAUAUAUUAAAAUUCAUUCAUUUACCAUUCCAAGCUAAUGAUAAAAUGCUAAAAUUGCAAACAAUCGUUGCUUGGUUACUGACACUUGGUGUACUUGGUGCCAGUACCUGGUCAACAUAUAAAUUUACUAAGCAAACUGCGUCAUUAUACAGUGUCUUAUCUGAUUACGGUAGUGGAUCUAUUUCCCUUGCUCAAGCGAAAGAAUCGAUCAAAUCGAACAUUGUCAACUAUGUCAUUCUCAUGGUAGCAACUCCUACACUAUUUUCUCUUACUGUUGGUGGUGGUCAACUGUUAGCUACACUUUAUACACGCAGACAAAUGGUUUUUCUUGCACGUUUACUCUUAGAUAGAUCCUUCGAAGAGUAUGAAAAUAAUCUGUUGUAUCAUAGUAGACAUAUGACAGCAAUACCAAAUAUACUUUCACAUGAUAUUGCUGAAAUGAACAGUCAAGUCUUUCAUUUCAUUUUCGGUCAUAUAUAUUAUACGGGUAUUAUAGGUCAAAUUAUCCUGGCCAUCAUUCUUGCUGUUCUUCUCGGGCAACAAAAUGGUGGAUCGAUUGGAGUACUUAUUGUUUACUCAUUCGUACUUGGUUUCUUUAUUUUUAUCAAUUUACUUUCUGCUUCGUUGAACAAAUGGAAUCGAAUUGAUGAAGCAAACUUUGCUCACGUGUAUAUGUACAAUCUCUUCUCUUCAUGGAAUUAUAUAAAUUAUUUUGGUGAUCCUCUCACACAUAUUCAAUCUAUUGGAAUACGUAUUGUCGGCUACGUUGAACGUCUUCGCCAGAUAAACGAACAUCAUCGUCGACUCGCCAUUGAUGAACGAGAACGUAGACGACGUCAGUAUAUUCAAUCGAAACUGGACGAACCAUCCAUCAUCCUCGAGCAUGUGGACAUACGUAUUCCUCAAUCCUCGCAUCUACUGAUAUCGGAUGUCAAUCUGCGAUUAUCGUCCUCCGAUAAUCUCAUCAUUACAGGUCCAUCUGGCUGUGGUAAAUCCACACUACUUAGUCUUCUUGCUGGUCUUAUUCUCAACGAAACUAACAACGAUUCAGUAUUGCGUAUUCUCCCACGUCAAAACACGAUUUUUCUCUGUCAACAAUUAUACUUGAUCAAGGGUACAUUGAGAGAGCAACUGUCCUAUCUUCGAAAAGCACAUGGACUUGGCCCAAUCACUGAUGACAUUCGAGCUCAACAACUUCUCAAUGAACUUGGUCUAAGUCACCUUAUCGAUCGUUAUUUAAUGGAUGGAGAACCACAAAAUUGGUCACAACUUCUAUCUAUCGGAGAACAACAAAGACUAAUGAUGGUCACUGCAUUUCUUGUCGGAACAAUCAAUGCUGGACAUUGUAUUGCGGCUAAAAAUGAAUAUCUUACAUUAGAACAAAAUUCUGGAUUCUUUUUAGCCUCUAACCGAUAUCGCUCAAGUCGUCGAGGAAUUCCCUAG